AUGACAGAAAUAGAAAGGUAUCCGUUACACCGUGCUGCAUUCUUCAACGAUACACAGUCGAUUGCACAACUUAUUAAUAAUGGUUUCAUUUUUGAUUUAUAUAUUUUCGAUUCUAUAAUAAUGCAGCGUGCAGAUCUUCAUUUGCAAGAUCUCCAAGGCAAUACAGCUUUGCACAUUUCUACAAUGCUCGGACACAGGGAGGCAACAGCACUUUUGCUUGCUCAUAAUGCUCCAGUGAAAUCGAAGAACAGGGACGGAUGGAAUAGCUUAAUGGAAGCAGUCAGCUAUGGCGAUCGACAAAUAAUUACAGCUAUGUUACGUAAAUUGAAGGCACAAUCACGGGAAAAUAUGGCAGCUCGAAAACCUCAUUUGCUUAAGAUGCUAUCUGAGUUUGAUGAUUUCUAUUUGGAAUUAAAAUGGGACUUUCAAAGCUGGCUACCUCUGCUUACGAAGAUGCUUCCUUCGGAUGUAUGCAAAAUAUAUAAAUGUGGGACAAACCUAAGGUUGGAUACAACAUUAGUUGAUUUCACUGAUCGAACCUGGGAACGAGGCAAUAUAUCCUUCAUCUUUGCAUCAGAUUCGGAUCGCGCUAAGAACCAGCUUCUGAUUUUAGAUCAUGAGGCUAAGGUAUUCCAACGUAUAAGACAUGAGGAAUCACAGACUGAAUUGGAUGAAGAAAUUGAUGUUCUAAUGUCUUCUGAUAUUGUAAGUGUUCAAAUGUCUACGAAACCAAUAACGUUUGAAAGAACAAUAAGUGGUUGGAUUUUCAAACACGAAAAGCUGGAACAGGUUGGUGAUUAUAGUGCUGUUUAUUAUACUAUGGAUGGUAUGUCACUAAUUACUCGGAAACGAAGGGAACACUUGACAGCAGAAGAUAUCAAGAAGAAUAAGGCAUUCAUGCAAAGUCUAACAAUGGGAUCAUUGAUGACGGAAGAUGAAUUCAUAAGUCUUCAACACCGAAAAAGUCUACCCCCUCCACGAAAAGUGACGACCACGUGGGAAGAAUAUAUUAAUGCUGCUGCUGGUCUUGCUCCUUCUCUAGGACGCACUCACGUUCUUAAACAAAAUACAAAGAAAUUCAAAGCUCUUAUUGCAAUGGCUGAAGAUUUCCCUCUUUCGAUUGACGUUUUAUUAGAUAUUUUCGAAAUUGUCGCACCUUUUAAGCAUUUCGAUAAAUUACGGUGUUUUUGUAAAAUGAGGUUGCCACCUGGUUUUCCAGUUCGAGUUGAAAUUCCUAUAUUGCCAACAAUAUCAGCGAAAGUCACAUUCCAGAAAUUCAUGUUCCGCAAUGAUCUAACUUCAAAAAUGUUCAAAAUACCGAAGUCUUAUCGAGAAGAUGCUAAUCGUUUUCCGGAUCUUUAG